GGCCAGGUACAUAAACGCGCCUAGCUCUCUCCUGGCGCGUGGUCGCCAUGUCCCCGCUGUGCCCGCUGCUGCUGGCUCUGGCCCUGGUGGCCGCGCCUGGCGCCCGUGCGGCCUGCCCGGUGCCCGCCGACCUGAAGCACGCGGACGGGACGCGGACGUGCGCCAAGCUCUAUGAGAAGAGCGACCCGUACUACGAGAACUGCUGCCAGGGCCCUGUGCUGUCCGUGGAGCCCGGCGCCGACCUGCCCUUCCUGCCCUCAGACUGGGCCAACUCGGCGUCGUCGCUGGUGGUGGCGCAGCGCUGCGAGCUCACCGUGUGGUCGCAGCCCGGCAAGCGUGGCAAGACGCGCAAGUUCUCCGCCGGCGCCUACCCGCGCCUGGAGGAGUACCGCCGGGGCAUCUUCGGAGACUGGUCCAACGCCAUCUCGGGCCUCUACUGCAAGUGUUAUUGAUGUCCUGGGGGCCGGUCAUCUGUAACUCCACGCAGCACUGAGCUGAACCCAGCCUGACCUUGGGGAUGGCUGUGGCCCCAAGAACCAGGAGACAAGAUGGCCUCCUUGUAAUACAGCCCUUGUGAACUUAAA